AUGUCCGAAGAAGAACCCUUCCCCGAAAUCCAAGGCGGCGGCUCCCUCCUCCUCGCCUGGCAAAUCCGCAACAAAAAAGUCCUCAUCGUCGGCGGCGGCGAGGUAGCAGCCGGCCGCAUCCUCAAAUGCCUCAACGCCGACGCCAAAGUCCACGUAAUCUGCCCUUCCUCCGGCCUCAACCCCGAAGUCGCCCACCGACUCGCCCAAAACCUCAUCACGCACACCGACCGCGACUUCCUCCCCUCCGACCUCGACGACCCAGACCUCUCACUCGUCAUGACCGCCAUCGACGACCCGGAAGCAUCCUCCGAAAUUUGGAAACUAUGCAAGAAAUUGCGGAUUAAUGCGAACAUCGCCGAUGUACCCCCCGAAUGCGACUUCUACUUCGGCAGCGAACACCGCGAUGGACCGUUACAAAUCAUGGUGUCGACAAACGGCAAUGGGCCGAAGAUGGCGAAUAUUGUGAGGAGGAGGAUCGCGGAUACAUUGCCGGUGAAUACGGGCGCGGCGAUACAGAAGGUGGGAGAGGUGAGGAAGAAGUUGAGGGUCGUGGCGCCGGGUACGGGACAGAUUUUCCAGAGGAUGGGUUGGAUGAGUAAGGUUUGUUUGAAGUGGAGUUUGGAGGACUUUUGUGAGAUGGAGGAGAGUGAUGUGGAGGGGUUGGUGGGGUUUUAUGAGAGAGAUGAGGUGCCGAGUUUGGUGGAGGUGAGGGGGCCGUGGGAGUGGGAUGGGAGUUUUGGGUGGAGUUGCGUGAUUUGAGAGAGGAUUGGGCAACGUGGAUUGAGAUACAAGGACUGAAAUCGGAUGUUCUCUGUGGACUGGACGUGGCCACAGCUAGGAGCAAGGCAGCUUCGGGUCAAAGAGGAGGCCACGGAGGAGACAUAUCGAGCCUGACCGGACAUCUCGCUGAGGCGUUUAAAGGCUCCUGCCCUGUGCUACAUGGAGAUCUGAACGAUGAACAGCCUCUCGAUACAGAAUCGGGACAAUCUCCACUACGCCACAGUGACCACGAUCCCCGAACGACAUGAAUCCGAGGCCACUCGCGUGCGAAGUUAAACACCGAGCCAUCAAGAGUCGGCAUCGAGACAGGAAAUCCAACUCUUCACGAUCGGACAGCCACUGGCGUGGUACGGGAAGAGAGAAACCAGGCUUCGUCCGCAGCGUGUGUUGCGGAAUCUGUACGAAUAUUUGUGUAUAUACACAGCAGCCAGCAGCAGCAGGACAAUGAUGAAUCGGAAGGGAUUGGCCAUGUUG